GUGUGUUUCGUCUCGUUUCGCCUCAGCCUCUUCCACCCGUGUGGACCAACCUGUGCGGUUGAACCGUGCGGACGGUUGGUUCCUUCGCCUCCUCGAGUCCAUCGGGUCCAUCGUCGCGUCUCUCCUCUCGGCCGAUCAGUCGGCCAUCGGAGUUUACCUGAUUCGCCAGCACCGCUGUUUCGUGCCGUUACGUCUCUCGAUCUAUCGAUGACGCGAUUACAAUCCUAUGAUACAGUGUUUACACUUUCGAUUUUCGAUAAUCGAUAACGAAAGAGGGAAAUAAAGGGAGAGAAGAAAAAAACAAUCACAAGGACCUUCCGCCAGGCACACGAGACGUCGUAACUAUGACACGACUCGAUGAUCUCGAGGUCGAGCAGGACGAAUCUGUUUUCGUUCGACUUGGCACUUCGAAAUAAAGUGCCACACAAUUUGGCCCUCGAGACGUCUCGCGUAUAUGGAAUACGAGAAGAACGUAAAAUCGAUAUACUCUCGAAAACGGAUCGUUCGAUGAGAGACAAGUCGUACCUCUUCUCUCAACGCAUCGCAUCGAUUUCUCUCUAAUAUUUCCCGGAGCCGAUAACGAAGUGAAUCUCCGGAUGAUCUACGAGUUCAUAGAAAUCGGUUUAAUAAGGAGAUAAAAAAUAUCUGAUGCGGAUAAGGUCGGCGCAGGGUCGGCUAAGUAGCCAUAAAGAAGAUUCGGCGACCUAUCCGACCCGCUAAAUUGCGUCCUGAUAACCCUCGAUUAAUUAUCGAAUCUCUCUCUUCCUACGACGGAAAUCUCUUACCGAGAAUCUCGCUUACUUGCGACAAAAAAUCCACGAGAUGCGAUUUAAUCUCCCGACGAAAUUCACCAUUCUAUUUAUCAUCGAUUAUGUGACAUUAUUUGAGUGAUACUUUCGAUAUUUAUAUGUUGAACAUUUUUUUUGAGUUCGCGAAUUUUUGACAUCUAUAGUUUUUAGUGAUUGUGUAAACAUUGAUCGUUAGUGAAAAGUGUUUCGCGACGUGAAUUUAACGAGAAUAAAAAAAUGGAUGUCCAUCACAAUAAUAACGAUUUGUCCUCGAUGGAAAGUAAAGCAAGCUCGUCGAGCAACGAACACGUUGGCAAUAAUUCUUUGGACGAUGCUGUGGGCAAGCUAUUGCAAGGCUACGAUUGGACGCUACUUCCGGUGACUUCGCGCGCCGGCGGACGAAGAAGCGCUCACGUGAAGCGUCCCAUGAACGCUUUUAUGGUGUGGGCGCAGGCAGCAAGGCGAAGACUCGCCGACCAAUAUCCGCAAUUGCACAAUGCCGAGUUGUCGAAGACGCUAGGAAAAUUGUGGAGGAUUUUGAGCGAUGGCGAAAAGCAACCAUUUAUCGAGGAAGCCGAGAGACUGCGGAACGCGCAUAAAAAGCAGCAUCCGCAUUACAAGUAUCAGCCGCGUCGGAGGAAGCCGAAGUCGGACGAUCAGAUGGGUAUCAUCGUUCACCGAGGUGGACUUGCGUCGUCGGGGACCUCCCUGGACUCCUCUGUCGGUUCCUCGGACUGCACCUACACCCGUCUGUAUCCGGAUGCUGGCGUGAAAGCGUACGAGCGACCGGCGACCUAUCACGACCCGGCCAAGUCCUACGACCUGGCCAGACCGGUCUGGGUCAACGAGACGGUCGCCAAGUAUCCCGCUGCUGAUCAUCUCGGCAAGUCGACGUACGAGACAACGUCGAGGAGCUACGCCGAGGUGAAGUGUCACGAGGUAGCCAAGUAUCAUCACGAGAUGACUGGCACCAAGUAUCACCAUCAUCACGAGCCAGCAGUUACCACCAAGUAUCCGGAUCUUCAGGCCAAAUCUUACGACCUGCCCAAAUAUCCGGAGACCAAAGGAUAUCCGGAUGGUCUGAAGUAUCCCGCGGAGAUGAGCGGCGCCGCCGCCGCCGUUAAGGCGCCUUACGCUUGUGUACACGGACAAUAUUAUCCUACGGAGGGAUACACGGUCCACGGAGAGGAAAACGACUAUCAGCCACAGAAUGUCUCAUCGCAUCCUUCCUUUUAUCCGUACAUAUCGGCGGCAUCCAUGACGCAACCGCCUUAUUACAUGGGGCCGCGAUAGAUUCGCGAGUCUAUACAAAGCUAUACCUAUUCUUACAGUUACAGUCGAAAAAUUAGACUUUCUCUUCGCACGUGACAUAUAUUAAUUAAUUAAUAAAUAAAUAAAUAAUUAUUGAUUAUCAGCCGAACAGGGAGUUACUAAUAUAAUUUACGGACAUACAUAGAGAUCAAUUGGGACAGUGUUUUUGCGAAUAUAAUGAAGGCAAGAUCGCAUCAAUUUAUGUCUCAUUUGAGUCUUGAUAUAUA